AUGGCUAAAGCAGUAUCGGUCCGAGCGGACAGAUCGUCAGAUGGCGGCGGAGGGACGGGAGUAAGCCAAGUCGAAUUCACGAAGACCUCUGCUGCAUUGCCGGCUGUAGCAGCAGCAGCCGCAGUAGUUUGUGUAACGGAGACAGGGGGAACGGUAGAUGCGGGCGAAGAAUCAGGAGUCGCAAAACGAGGCGCAGGCAGCGAAUGGAUAGCUGAAGUAGGCAGGGAAGGAACAGUUGUAGCAGGCAGUGAAGGGGCAGAUCCAGCCAGCAGUGAAAGGAGAGAUGUACGAGGCAGGGAAGGGGCAGCUGUAUCAGGCAGUGAAAGGGCAGCUGUAGCUGCAGUAGGGCCAUCGACGGGCAGCGACGGCACAGAUCCGAGCAGGCACACACCGUGCGACCAGGGUACCCGUCUCACGAGGUGUCGCGACGUAGCGAGGAAGUGGGAUUUUCGCAGCAACGACAGCAGCGGUAGAAGCACGUCACAGGGCUUAGAGAGUAAGGCUGGGAGGCAGCCGUGUAAGAGAAAGGGGGGGGAAGGAGGGAUGAGGGGAGGCGCAGGGCCAAAGCAGUCUGGGCAGGCGACUAGCACCAAAGCACCGGUUAGCACCAAAGCAUCGACUAUUAGCUUUAAGGCUCCCACGAGUAGCAACGCAGCGCCUAGCACCGCCAAGGCAGCGCCGCUCCUGGGUCGACCGUCAGGCCCCUCGCGCGUUCCCACCGUCUCCCUGCACGAGUGCCCUGUCUUCCACCCGUCGCCCGAGGAGUUCGCCGACCCCUUGCGAUUCAUCGCACGCGUUCGCCCGAUCGCAGAGCCGUGCGGCAUGUGUCGCAUAGUCCCCCCGCCCGGCUGGGACCCGCCGUUCGCGCUGGACCGCGCCAAGUUCCGCUUCCGUACCAAGGUGCAGGCGCUCCACCAGCUGCAGCGCCGCCCCGCGCCCGCCGACCCCGCCACCUUUGCGCUCGACUACCUCCGCUUCCUCGCGGAUCUCCGCCUUGCGCACCCGCCGGCGCUGCAGCGCGCUCUUGCGCGCGCGGGGAUGGGAGCGGGGAAAAAGGGGGUUUCUGCGGAGGAGAGGGCGGUGGUGGCGGCGGAAGCCAUGCGCGCGGGCGCGGUGGACAUCUGCGCGCUCUUCCACGCCGUGCAGCGGCGGGGGGGGUUUGCGCGCGUGAGUGAGAGCAGGGCAUGGGGGGACGUGCUGCGGUCGGUGCUGCAGGGCGGGACGGGCGCGGGGGAAGGGGAAGGGCCGGGGAAGCGGACGAGCAUGGACGCGGGGGGGCUGAAGGCGGUGUACCGGCGGUGGCGGCUGGACGACCUGGAGGCGUGGAGAGAGGCGGGCGCGGGCAGGGCGCAGGCGGACGAUGGGCGCAACGAGGCGCACGGGGAGACUGGGCCUGCCGCCGAUGGGAAACGAAAACGACAGGAAAAGGAGGCGGAGGGGGAAAGAGGCAGCAAGUCACAGAAACGGAGCGAUGGCAGCAGCAGCGGUGAGCUGAGUGCGGGUGAGGGUGGCGGGAGAUCCAGCAGCCAUUGGCGCGCAGCGAAGGCCGUGAGGUACCGGCAAGGCGAGACAGGAGGGGAGGAGGGGGAGGGGGAAGGGGAGGGCGAUGGGAAGGGCGAAGGGGGGGAGUCAGAGGGCGCUGAUGGCUCCGACUCGGACAGUGAGGACGCGGCAGCGGAUGCGGUGUGUGAGAGGUGCAGAGGAGGGGGGCAUGAGGACCAGAUGCUGCUGUGUGACCGCUGCGACCGCGGCUGGCACCUCUUCUGCCUCUCUCCACCGCUCUCCACCGUGCCGCCCGGCACGUGGUUCUGCCAGGACUGCGUGGCCCGCCCGCACGACACCUUUGGCUUCACGUCGGGCGGCAGCAUCUCCAUCGCCGCCCUGCAGCGCGCCGACCACACGCUGCGCGAGCGGCUCUUCGGCGCAAAACUGGGCGGCGCGCUGACGCCCGCGCAGCUGGAGGAAGCCUUUUGGCGGGUAGUGGACGGGGCCGCAGGCCCUGUGGAAACCCUCUAUGGCAGCGAUAUCGACACCGGCGCCUGUGGCAGCGGGUUCCCCAGGAGAGGCGAGCCUGUGCUGGCGCAUGCGGUGCAGAGCGGUGUGAGUGAGGCGCGGUGGCGGGAGUAUGCGGAGGCGCGGUGGAACGUGAACAACAUGGCACGCGAUGCGGCGUCGGUGCUGCGGUAUGUGGAGGACGCGAUCCCGGGGGUGAUCGUGCCAUGGCUGUACAUGGGCAUGACAAUGUCCGCCUUCUGCUGGCACUUCGAAGACCACUGCUUCUACUCCAUCAACUACCUCCACUGGUACGCGCCUUCCCUCAUGGGCUUCUUAUCCUCUUUCACUGUGACCUCCCUUCCCACUCUCCCCUCCUUUUCCCUGCUGUCGCCUUGUGGCUGCUGCGUGGGCUUCUGUGGUGGCGGCAGGGGCGAGCCGAAGCUGUGGUACGGCGUGCCGGGGUAUGCAGCAGAGGCCUUCGAGCAGGUGAUGCGGUCGGCCUUCCCAGACCUCUUUGAGGCGCAGCCGGACCUGCUGUUCCAGCUGGUUACCAUGUUACACCCCAUGGCACUGCAGCGAGCGGGAGUGCCCAUCUUCCGCACCGUGCAGGCCGCGCGCGAGUUUGUCGUCACCUUCCCGCGCUCCUACCAUGCCGGGUUCAACCAAGGGGUGAACUGCGCGGAGGCGGUGAACUUGGCGCCGUGCGACUGGCUGCCGUGGGGCGCCCUCAGUGUGGAGCGCUACCGGCUGUUCCGCCGCAAGUCCAUCAUCUCACACGAGGAGAUGCUGUGUGUGCUGCUGCUGAACCAGCAGCGGGGGCUGCUAGCUGGGGAGAGGCAGGUGGCGGGGGCGGAGGUGCGGAGGGUGGUGGAGGGGGAGAGGCGGGCAAGGGAUGCGGUGUGGGCGCAGGGCACAGUGAGGAGCGCACGCAUGGCGCCCCAUGCGCGCCCAGAUGCCAUCACAGAGGAGGAGGUACUGUUCAUGGCUCCUGAGAGGGAGUGCCUCAUCUGCCGCUACUACCUCUUCCUCUCCGCGGUUGUCUGCCCCUGCCGUCCGCGCGAUGCCGUGUGCCUGCAGCACGCGUGUCAGCUGUGCGACUGCCCGCCUGCGCGCCGCACGCUGCUGUACCGCUUCUCCCUCGCGGAGCUGGACGACCUGCUGGCCGGGGGGGACAACGGGACGGGCCACGCACAGGCCGAGGGGCGGCGCAAGGGGCAGGAUGAUGGGUGGGGCAAGGGGGCCAGUGAGAGUAGUGGAGAGGGGCAAGGGGGGGGGCGAGGGGGGAGUGGGGGAGAGGAGGGUGUGAAGGAGGGGCAGGGGAAAGCAGCAGAGGAGGAGGUGGUGGUGAAGAGCGAGUGCGGCACAGCAAUAGCGGGAGGGAGCAACAACAGCUCUGGCAGGCAUGCGGGGGAACAUGCGAGCAGCAGCGCCCCACGUGCGCCCAUCACGUACUCUCGCCGCGCCAGCGCUGCUGCUGUGGGCAGCCCGCCCGUGUGCGGGCUGACCAGCAUUGGCGUGAAGGUGCUCGCAGGGGGGUAUGGAGGGGGGAGGCCGGCAAGCAAGGAAGGGGAGGGCGGUGGGGAGCGAAGGGGGUGCGAGGGUGAGGGUGAGAGUUGCGCGAGAAGCAAGGAGUGUGCUGCUUGUGAGACGAGUGGCAGUGGUGGUGAUGCUGUUAAUAUUGCUGCAGGGCGUGACAGUGACACUGGUGCUGACCAUGCUGCGGAGAUGCCAUGCCGUGACAGCCGAGCAACUGCUGACGUGGACCAAUCAGCACAGCCUUCUUCUGGUGAGGCGGGCAUGCGUGAGGGGCGCGCGGAGGGGGGCCUUGAGAGCCAUGUUGGUGUGAUCGUGAAGCAAGAAGGGGUGGAGGGUGGGAGCUGUAGUGAUGGUGCAGUGGAGUCAGCAAGCAAGGGGAGAGUGGGGCAUGCGCUGAGCAAGGAAGGCGAAGGGGAAUCCGGAGGAAGGGAAGGAAACGGAGGAGAGGGAGACAUAGAAGGAGGGCAGUGCGAGAGAGAGAGCAGCGGUGUGAGGAGAAGCAGCCGACGAGCCGCCGCUGCUGCCGCUGCUGCAGCAGAAGCGGCAGCAGCAGCAGAAGCAGAAGAAGGUGGGGAGAGCGUUAAGAAGGAGCAGAUCAGCUAUGGUGCUGGCAUGGGGAGAGUGGGAGGGUGGGAGAAGAGGCAGGCAGGGAAAGGAGCAGCAGAGGGACUUGGGAGUGCAGAGGCGGAGAUGGCAGAGUGGAUGCGGGGCAGGGCUGUAGGAGGGAGCGGGGGAGGGGGGCACGGGGGCGAGAUGGUGCAGGCGGAGGAGUUUCUGGACAGGUGUCGGGCGGGCAGUGGCGGGGGUUGGGUGGCCCAGCAGCGGCGGGUGCGGGGGCGUAUGAUGACGCACGGCGAGUGGGCGGCGCAGUGGGCGUCACGUGGCAAGGUAGCACUGCGGUCGCCGCCCACAGUGGAGGCAGCGGUGGCUCUGGUGCACCAGGCGCAGGAGUUCCUGUGGGCGGGCCACGAGGUCGAUGCUGCGCGGCGAGUGCACGACAAGGCACUGGCAGCGCUCACAUGGGCGCACGAGGUGGCAGCGUGCUGCGGCCAAACGCUGCCCACUGCUGCUGCCGCGCCACCCCUUGUUGCCUGCUCCUCCAACCACCCGCUGCUGUCACUGCCGCCCUCCUCUUCACCCCCUGCUGCUGGGCCAAGCCACGCAGCACGAGGGGCGGGCAGCAGCGGCAGUGGUGGGGGCGGGAGGAGGAGAGGGCUGUGUGAGGUGCAGAGACUGCUGGAGGCGGCUGCCACUGACGUGCCCUGCAUUGAGCCGCACUAUAAGACGCUCAAGGUGUGUGCAUGGGUGCUGAUUGGUGCAGUUGCUGAGGGGCGUGGCACUCUGAGGUGCUGUACCGCGACGCCCUCGCCCUGGACCAGCGCAUUCGCCUCGCGCUGCAUGCCAAGCCGCCUCGUGAGGUGCGCCUCGCUGCUGUGCUGUGGAGUGGACUCCAUGGGCACAGAAGCCCCGUCCUCUUAUGUUUCUCACCUUGCCCACUGCUCCCGCUACUCUUGCUUGCGCCGCUCUGCUGCUCGGCUUACUAUGUCUGCUGCUCGGCUUACUAUGUCUGCUGCUGGGCUUACUAUGUCUGCUGCUCGGCUUACUAUGUCUGCUGCUCGGCUUACUAUGUCUGCUGCUCGGCUUACUAUGUCUGCUGCUCGGCUUACUAUGUCUGCUGCUUGGCUUACUAUGUCUGCUGCUCGGCUUACUAUGUCUGCUGCUCGGCUUACUAUGUCUGCUGCUCGGCUUACUAUGUCUGCUGCUCGGCUUACUAUGUCUGCUGCUCGGCUUACUAUGUCUGCUGCUCGGCUUACUAUGUCUGCUGCUCGGCUUACUAUGUCUGCUGCUCGGCUUACUAUGUCUGCUGCUUGGCUUACUAUGUCUGCUGCUCGGCUUACUAUGUCUGCUGCUUGGCUUACUAUGUCUGCUGCUCGGCUUACUAUGUCUGCUGCUCGGCUUACUAUGUCUGCUGCUUGGCUUACUAUGUCUGCUGCUCGGCUUACUAUGUCUGCUGCUCGGCUUACUAUGUCUGCUGCUCGGCUUACUAUGUCUGCUGCUUGGCUUACUAUGUCUGCUGCUUGGCUUACUAUGUCUGCUGCUCGGCUUACUAUGUCUGCUGCUUGGCUUACUAUGUCUGCUGCGACAUUUGAUUGCACAGUCGCGAAGGAGCUGCAGUCGCUGCAAGCAGAGGCGGCAGCAGGCACGAUGGACAUCCCUGCAGCCGCUAAACUCACAGACGCUCUCCUCGCCGCCCAGCACUGGGUGGAGGCGGUGCAGAGGGCAGUGCCGCGGGGGAAGCCGCCUCGAGCAGCGGCUCUUGCCGCUCUGCCCAAUCUGCACUCCCUCGCCAUGCUGCACUCCCAGGGCGAGCGCCUGAGGGUGCGCGUGGCGGAGCACGAGGUGCUGGCAUCGUUGCUGCUGGCCGCCAGGCACAUGGACGCGCGUGCUCAUGCACUGCUGCACUCCUCGCCCACCCUUCAGGACAUGGAAGCGCUGUUACAGGAGGCGAGGGGCGUGGCGGUGCGCCUGCCAGCGAUGGCGCAGCUGCAGGCCCGGCGGGACGAGGCACGGCGCUGGGGGGAGAGGGCUCGCGCGCUGCUGGCUGCGCUGGGGGGCAAGGAUGGGGGGAGGGGGAAGGAUGGGGGGAGGGGGAAGGAUGGGCGGGGAGGCAAGCAUGGACUGAAACAGUGGCAAAAGGAGGAGCAGGGUGAAGAGGAGGGGCAGGGGGGGCAUGGGUCAGUGCCAAGAGGAGCAAGUGUCGCAAGCAGCAAGCAUGAGGCUGACGGCUCUUCCCCGUUCAUCCCGUCUCCUGCUGCUGCUGCUCCUGCUACUCUCGCUCCUCCUGCCACCCCCCUGCCUGUUGCCCGCAGCACCACUGCUGCUGCUGCCUCUCCAGCAACCCCUCCCCCCACUGCUGCUGCCUGUUCUCUGGCUUCGGACCGCUCUGCACCCAUCCACACUCCUGCCACUGCUGAUGCCAUUGCCACUGCAGCCGCUGCCCCUCCUGCUGCCCCCUGCACUCCCUCCGUCCAAGCUACUCUGCUUGACACAUCACCUCCCGCCACUGUCACACCCGCCACUGUCACACCCAUCGCUAUCAUACCGCCCGCCAAAACACCCGCCAGUGUGACAACAGCGUCGGGCAGGCAGAGUGGGUGGAAGGAGGAGCUGGCAGCACUGGUGGAGGCGGGCACACACAUGCACGUCACUCGUGAGUGGCGGGGGGGGGUUGGUGGAGUGUGGGGUGGUCGCGGGGCGCGUGAAUGCUUGGGCGAGAUGGAGCAGGUGCAGCAGCAGCUGCAGCGAGUGCAGUGGGAGGAGGCGGCAGAGGGGGCGCUCAUGCGCCGCGCCUCACUGGACGAGCUGCUGGCACUGCAGACGCAGGGGGAGCGGCUGCCCACUGGCAGUGCAGUGGUGGCGCGCGUGCAAGCGGUGGUGGCGGCAGGCAGCAACUGGCAGGCCAGGGCGCAGAGGGCGCUGCAGGAGGGAUGCAGCCUGGAGGAGGGCGAGGCGAUGGGCAGCCGCCUCAUAUUCCAUGAAAAGGAACACCACACGUGUUCCUUUUCCCGCUGUUUCCCCCCUGCUCCUCCCUUGCUCCCUUUUGUCCCUCCCCCCCUUCCCCCCCACCCUCCCCCCUCCUUUCCUCCCCCUUCCCCCCUCCUUCCCCCCCUCUUCCCCCUUCCCACCCCCGCCCGUCGCCCGCACAGGGAGGCGGAGUCCAUGGCAGCAUCGCUGGCAGGCCAUGCUCACCUGAUGUCAGCGCUGGCAUCAGCAAGAGCAGCAGCAGCUCGAGCCGACCACCUGCUGCUGGCUGUGCGCCGCUCUGCUGCUGCCACUGGGGGUGGUGCUGCGGGUGCUGGUGCUGGCAAUGCUGCCAUGCAUGCGGCCCUCACAGCACUGCCUGUGCGUCCACUGCAGGCAGCUCAGCUUGCUGCGCUGCGCUCCUCGCUCGCCUCCUGGCAAUCCGCUGCCUCCCGGGCCCUCCACUCCGCCACCUCCUUGCUCUCACCACCCACAGCAGUCACACCACCCACCGCAGCUGCUGCACCAUCCCCCCUAGCCAGCCCAGCUGCAGCGCCCAUCACCACUGAAUCAGUGGCCCCCUCGGUCGACUCAAGCGCCCCUCUGCGUGCAUCAGCAGCACCAUCGUCUGCAGGCCAGGCUUCCCCGGAGCUGCUAGUGCCAGCAGCAGCAGCGAGCGCCAGUGCGGCUGAGCUGUCGUCGCUGCUCACCCAGGAGGCAGCGCUGGGCGUGGCGGUGCCCGAGCUGCCUGCUGUGCGCGCGCUGCUGCAGCGCCUGCACUGGGAGGUCGCCGCCCAUGCCCUGCUGUCUGGCACUGCAGAUAAUGCGGUGCAGAGUGGUGGUGCCGUGCAGGAUGGUGCGGUGCAGAGUGGUGGUGCGGGCACGGAUGGGAGGAGACGAGGCAAGGCGAGCAUGGAGGAGAUGGAAGCACUGGUGGCGGUUUACCCACAGUGCCAUGCGCCCAUGCUGCCACGCACUCAUGCGUCCGCACACCCUCCACCGUCCUCAUUGCCAGUCCCAUCCUCUCCACCCCUAUCCGACGGCCUCGCUGAGCUUGCCGCGUCCACUCGCCCUCAGCCCCCCUCCGCACGCCUCUCCCUGCUGCACUCGGCCCUGGCGGACGCACAGCAGUGGGUGCAGGCGGCGAAUGAGAUGCUGACACGUGGACCUGCUAGCUGUGAGGUGCAGGAGGUGGAGGCGAUGGUGGCACGUGGCAUGGCCCUGCAGGUGUGUGUUGGGGACAAGUGCCACCAGCUCAAUGCUAUCACCGCCUCCCACAGGGAGUGGGUCAGCGAGGUGCAGCAACUGCUCGCUCCACGCCUCCCUGUGCCCACAUCACCACGACCUCUCACCACACUUGCGCGCCUCAAGAGCCUCCAGGUGCGUGGCAGCAGCAGCGUGGUGGCGAGCAGGGAGGCCCAGCAGGUGCAGCGCGCAGUGGCAGCGCUGGACGACUGGCUCGCUGCCUGCUGUGCCGCGCUGCAGGGAGGCACUGGGGGGGGGGAGGGGCCGGCUGAGGGAGGCGAGGGGAUGGAGGGGGAGGGCAAAGUGACACAAGGGGGGAGCAAGGGGCCACAGGGGGAGGGCAAGGGGUGGGUGUGUGAGGAGGAGGUGGUGCAGAAGCUGAAGCACAUACACAGCAGCGUGCAGGCUGCCCUGCAUCGCAUCUCCUCCCUGGCCCGCCGCACCGCUGCCCUCUCACACCUCACGGCGCUGCCAGCACAGGCGUGUGAACCCCCCUCAGCGCCAGCCACUGCUCCUCGUCCACCAGUGCUGGCAGGCACCGCAGAGGGUGCCGCCGUAUCACCCGCCGCUACAGCGCCCACCGCCACGGAGGCUGCUUAUGCAGCGACAGCCGGUGUGGCGUUGGCAGUAGCAGCAGCAGUGCAAGGGGAACGAGGGUCAUGCGGGCCUGCCUCUGCCGCUGCUGCUGCUUGUUCAGCCGGCAGCAAUGGGCAGGCGGUGGUGGGCGGGAAGGAGGGACGAGGUGGCGGGGAGGUGCGGGUUCGUGGAAAGCGCAGCGGUGGGAGGAGAGCCGCUGCUGUUGUGUGUGGUGCUGUGGGGCGAGAGAGUGGUGCAGGGGGCGUGGGGAUGACAGGGGAGAAGAGGGAAGAGAAAGGAGGAGAAACUAGAGGCGAGAGGGAAGGGGAUGCGGGAGCAGUGCGUUUGGAGAAGGGUGAAGAAAAGGAGGAGGAGCAGAGGCUAGUGAAUGGAUAUGGGAUGAAAGGCGAAUACCUGAAGGAUGCACUCACAUGCGACGUGUGCAGCAUGAGCAGCACGAUUGCAAGUCACUUUGCUUACUCGUCACCAUGCCAACUCGUUUUACUUGUUCCGCUCCGUGCUGCUCCCUGCGCUCUCCACUCACCUACCGCCCGCUCCCCUCCUGCCGUGCAGCCUCGUCGCGUGCCCCGCGUAUCGCUGCGGUGCUUGGAGGACCUCCUCUCCCGUGCUCUCUCUCUCCACCCCAGGAUUGCAGCCAUGCACAGCUUGGAGCAGCUCGUCCAAUUAGCAACGCGUUGCUGUCACUUGCUGACAUCAGCGCUCUCCACCACCCUGUCCUUGCCACGUCAUGCUGAACCCGUGCCCCCCGCCGUCCUCAGCUGUCUGCUUCAGGUGGCCUCUUGUCUUCCGCUCCACAUGCCACUUGCCUCGCCGCCAUCACUCUCCUCCACCGCCCCUGCUGCCACACCAGCGGCACCACUUCCAACCGCAGCGCACGCAGCAGGGCAGGCAGCAGAGCAGGCAGCAGAGCCUCUUGCCUCGUGGCUUCUGCAUGUGAAUGCAGUUCUCUCACUGCCUGCACGAAUGCAGCAGCAGCAGCAGAUGCAGGUGCAAGGGGCCCACAAGAAGGAGGUCACUGGCACUGCUGCUGCUGCUGCGGCAGUGUCUGUUGGAGUAGCGGCAGGAGGGCAAGAGGAGGUGCAGCGGUCGGCAGGGCAGAGUGGCAAGGAUGGUGGAGGAGGGGCGGCACUUCACACAGCGGCAGCAGCGCCAGCGGCAGCAGCGCCAGCGGUGGUGGUAGAGGCGGAUUGCUCAGUUGAGGCGGGUGGCACGCUGGCGGCAGUGCAGAGGGCAGUGGCCGCCCACUGCUGGAGGGCUGCCACAUGUAGCACUCUCAUUGGCCGCCCACGACCCCGACCAUCCACCCUGGCACAGCUGGUGCAGACGGGCUCGCACACAGUGGCCGCAACAGAUAUUAUCCUAGGGGAAGCCAGACGGCGACACGUGGCAGCUUCUGGGUGGCUGUCACGCUUUGCCAAGGCACACUCAGCUCAGUCACACUCAUCACAGUCACAGUCGCCUGGGUGUCAGUCCGCCCAGCGCCUGUCACAUCUGCGGGCGCUCAUCAGCCAGGCUGCUGCCGUUCCGGUGGACCUGCGCCCAGAGAUCAAG